AUAUAUUUACUUCACGGAGCGUCAACAGAAAGAAUACUUAGGUGCGUACGCGUACUGGUCCAUUUGCCUAUGUAGGUUGCAUGACCAUCUAGUGGAACAAAAUACAGCUCAACAUAGCUUGCAUCAGUGCGUAACGUAGAAGAUGGCUAUUUAUUGCAGUGUUCGUUCGCCGGUGGCAACGCUACGGCGCAGUGCCACUUCUGUGUCAGACUCAGCGUACAAGCUCACGGCGCUGUCAUCAACAUUAUGGAGACGAUCGUACAGCACAAAUCUGAAUCGAUUGGUAACAAACAACAGUAGGUACAAUGUUGAAGAGGAGCGUACAGUACCCAGAUUUUCAGAACCCAAACCCAUGUCCGAGAAACGAAAAGAAUUUUUGAACAAAAUGCUAGAAGGGGUUCUGAAGGGAGAGCGUAGCUGGCUAUCUCAGGCGAUAACUCUUGUGGAGUCAUCUGUCAGAGACCAUCGGAUACAAGCGCAGAACCUGAUUUCACAGGCUCUUGAGCGACACAACGCAAAGAAGCACAUUAGAAGGGGUGCCUUCCGCAUCGGACUGUCUGGACCCCCAGGCGCUGGAAAAUCAACCUUCAUCGAAGCAUUCGGGUCGCUUCUCACCGACAAGGGAUACAAAUUGGCCGUUUUGGCUGUAGAUCCCUCCAGUACCCGCACGGGUGGUUCCAUUCUCGGCGACAAGACACGCAUGGAGAAGCUCACCAACAACCCGAAUGCGUACAUCCGUCCCUCACCUUCCAGGUGUACACUCGGCGGUGUGGCGAGAAAUACCACGGAGGCGAUCGCUCUCUGUGAAGUCGCCGGGUAUGACAUUAUCAUUGUUGAAACCGUGGGAGUCGGUCAAUCCGAGACAACAGUGGCGGACAUGGUCGAUCUCUUCUGUUUGCUUAUGCCGCCAGCUGCAGGGGACGAGCUACAGGGUAUCAAGCGCGGAAUAGUGGAGAUCGCACAGGUGGUGUUGGUGAACAAGGCUGAUGGUGAUCUGGUACCCGCUGCCACCCGGUCCACCGCUGAAAUUCGCGGGGCCCUCAAGAUACUCAGGCCGCAGAGUCACAAUUGGAAGCCCAAGGUGCAAAUGCUAUCUUCGCUCACGAAUACGGGCUUAGACAAAGCGUGGGACAUUAUGGUUCGCUUUAGAAGUAAGAUGCUGGAAACGGGUGAGUGGAAUCAAAGGCGACGGCAACAAAACCAAGUGCACAUGUGGUCGUACGUUCAAGCCAACACUAUGGAACUACUACAUGCAGACCCGGGAGUACGUCAAAUACUGCGCGACCUUGAGGGCCGUGUAAUGCGAGGCGAGGUUCCGGCGGGAUCUGCAGCCGAUCAGAUAGUUGAUAAAUUUCUGGAGAGUAGGAUAGGAGAGUCUGUUGCGACACCAGAGCACUAGCAUUGCCUCGAUUUCUUAAAAGAAAAACUGCUGAUGGUAGGGUAUGAAGGCGGUGAUUUCGGAGCGCUACUUGCUAUCGGAUUGUACGAUAGGUAGAUAGCAUCAAGGAGAAAUAGAACACUAGAUGGUAAAUCUGAGUGAUGAAUGGGUCAUGUACUGGACAUGCAGGGAAUUUCCCGCGCUGCAUACGCCACAGUCAUGGGGUUCGCUACAACAAACGACAGUAUUGCAUGCAGCAGGCACAAUGAUCUGAAGGUGCGCGUCCGCCAUUGUAGCAUACAGUCAUAAUCGUUAUAGUUUUGAAGGACAGAUAAUUAUAUAGCGUAUACCAAUUUUGUCAAAGAUUAGCGUACUUCGGCGCAGUAUUCACACAUCAUCUUUCACCGGCGUUAUUUGACGAAUGGUCUAAGCCCGCCCAAAUCGGCCAGAACAUAGGCAUUGAUUCUCAGAUCACAUUACAUCGUAAAUAUUAUUAUCAUCGUAGGACAAACACCUUUCGCUGGUUAAAUAACAAUGCGGCAAGUGAUGAACAUAAAUCUAGCACUAAGAUAUUACACAA